UACUUGGGGGGAAUUGGCUGAGCCACAGUUUUGAAAAUCGUAGAUUCGCCCGCGCUCACGCCCCGUUGGUCCUCGGCCGCGGCGAGCCCUGAAGACCGAGUCCAGCGGGUCGGGCUUGGCGGAGAGCUUCAUCUGCCGAGGCCGCGGACUGGAAUCGGAGUACUCCGGGAAGACACGGCGCCGCCCGACAGUGCCACCAUGGGGACCACAGCCCCAGGGCCCAUUCACCUGUUGGAUCUAUGUGACCAGAAACUCCUGGACUUUGUCUGCAACAUAGACAAUAAGGACUUGAUGUGGCUCAAGGAGAUUAAGGAGGAGGCUGAGCGCAUGUUCAUCAGAGAAUUCAGCAAUGAGCCAGAGCUGAUGCCCAAAACUCCUUCUCAGAAGAACCGUCGGAAGAAGAGGCGGGUGUCUAACAUUCAGGAUGAAAACAGAGAUCCCACGAGGAAAAGGUUAUCCCGGAGGAAGUCUCGGAGCAGUCAUGCAGGCACCCGGUGCCUCCGCAGCAAGGACAAAGUGGAGAAGCCUGCUACUAUUGCUGGGGAGAAUGGCUCCCCUGUGUUGCGGCGUGUAACUCGGGCUGCGGCGGCUGCGGCGGCGGCAGCCUCUGUGGCAUCAGCUGCUUCCUCUCCCACUGCUGGGUCUCCCACAGUGAUCAAGAAAGCUGUGGUAGAGGUAAGCGCCAGAGAGCAACUGAGUGCAGAGCUGCACCUCAUGCAGAUUAGAGGCAGCCCUCCUCCAGCUGCAGGCCCAGCUCCAGCCACUCCGCCAGCCUUCCAAGACAUCCUGACAUCGGAGGAGGAAUCCACACCCAACAAGUCAGAUGCUGGGAAGCUGGAAUCUGUCGCAGUGAGCUCCCUCAAGGCUACACCCCAGAGCUCCAAGAACAGAGGAGUUGGGGCAGGACGUUCUGUUUCCAAGCUCAAGAUUGCUCGGGCCUCCCGGGGCCUACAGGACUCUCCAGACUCUCCAUGGCAGGAGAGGGUGCUUUCUCCUAUCCUGCCAAAUAACAUCUUGCCCACCACAGCCAAGAGCCCUCUUGGGAAUGUUCAGUCAGUGCAGCGAAGCCUGAUUUCCCAGGAUCCUCAAGUGCCACUAGCCUUAACACACUGUUUGGUGGCUGAACAAGAAAAUGCUAGUCGUAGGACAAGUAGAAGGCUUGCCAAGAAGGCUGACAAGGAGCCAGAGGCCUCUGCCCGCAUCAUCUGUCACAGUUACCUGGAGAGACUCUUGAAUGUUGAAGUGCCUCAGAAAGUUGGCCUGGAGCAGGAGCCCACUGAGGAGGCUGAACCUGAGGAGGCAGUGGAGCAGACAGAGGUCUCCAAGAACAGUGGCUGUACCUCAAAGCGCUACAGUGCCACCAAGAUUGUGAUUAGUACACCAACCUCGAAGCCUGUGGCCACUGGCCAGGCAACUGCCAUUGAAGAGCAGCAAGAAGCCAAGCUUGACCAAACAGAUGGAAACAGAAAAGCACCUCAGAGUGUCAGAAGGAAACGCAGUUACAAACAGGCAAUGAGUGAACCGGAUGAGGAGCAGCCAGAGGAUGAGGAAUUUCAACCCCCCCGGAACAAGACCCCUUCUCCAACCUGUCCAGCCAACAAGGUGGUACGACCCCUCCGGACCUUCUUGCACACAGUGCAGAAGAACCAGAUGCUUAUGACCCCUACUUUGGCCUCCCGCAGCAGUGCCAUGAAAUCCUUCAUUAAACGUAACACUCCCCUCCGUAUGGACCCUAAGGAGAGGGAGCGCCAGCGCCUGGAGAACCUAAGGCGGAAGGAGGAGGCUGAGCAGCUGCGCAGACAGAAGGUGGAGGAGGACAAGCGACGGCGUCUGGAGGAGGUGAAGCUGAAGCGGGAAGAGCGCCUCCGCAAAGUGAUGCAGGCCCGUGAGCGGGUGGAGCAGAUGAAGGAGGAAAAGAAGAAGCAGAUUGAACAGAAGUUUGCUCAGAUUGAGGAGAAGACAGAGAAGGCUAAGGAGGAACGACUGGCAGAGAAGGCCAAGAAGAAGGCAGCUGCCAAGAAGAUGGAGGAGGUAGAGGCACGCAGGAGGCAGGAGGAGGAGGCGCGCAGGCUCAAGUUGCUCCAACAGGAGGAAGAGGAGCGGCGGCAUCAAGAAAUGUUACAGCGGAAGAAGGAGGAGGAACAGGAGCGGCGCAAGGCGGCUGAGGCCAGGCGACUGGCAGAGCAGCGUGAGCAGGAACGGCAGCUGGCUGAGCAAGAGCGUCGUAGGGAGCAGGAACGCAAGAGGGAGCAGGAGUGUCUUCAGGCCAAGAGGGAGAUGCAGGAGAGAGAGAAAGCCCUGCAGCUACAGAAGGAGCAACUUCAGAGGGAACUGGAGGAGAAGAAAAAGAAGGAAGAGCAGCAGCGCCUGGCUGAGCAGCGGCUGAAGGAAGAGCAGGCGAAGAAGGCCAAGGAGGCAGCAGCAGCCAGCAAAGUCCUGAACAUGACUGUGGAUGUGCAGUCUCCUGUUUGUACCUCAUAUCAAAUGACUCCACAAGGACCAAAAUCCCAUCCCAAGAUCAGCACAGAUAACUAUGGGAUGGAUCUAAAUAGUGAUGACUCCACGGAUGAUGAGGCUCAUCCCCGGAAACCCAUCCCUUCCUGGGCCAGAGGCACCCAGCUCAGCCAGGCCAUCAUCCACCAGUACUACCACCCCCCGAACCUUCCAGAGCUCUUUGGAACCAUUCUCCCACUGGACUUGGAGGACAUCUUUAAGAAGAGCAAACCCCGCUACCACAAGCGCACUAGCUCUGCUGCUUGGAACUCACCGCCUCUGAAAGCCACUAGGGUCCCCAGCAGCCUGGCCUAUACCCUGAAGAAGCCCUGAGGCAGGUCCUCAGCCUCCUGGCAGGACUGGGCCCAUGUGUGUGUGUGUCUGUCUUGUCUGUCUUUCUGUCUGUCUUUCUGUCUGUCUGUCUGUUUCUGUGUUGGGCUGGUGCCCUUCUGUCUGACAUAUCAUUGUUGAGCUGGCUAUCAACAUCCUCUGCUGUCAGGUGCUCUUAGCCCUGAGGAGGGUGGGCUUGGUGGGUGGCUGCGGAAGAACCAGCUUCAGCACUGAUUGGUCUGCAGGUAGUACUCUGUAAAUAAAUUGUUACAAUUCAAUUGACUUUUAGUUUCUAGUGUUUGUGAGGUAGUUUAAUAAAGUGUAUACCUUGAAGCCUGCUGUGGCUGUUGUGAAGACUAGGACCUUCAGUGCAAUGUUGGUCUGUAGCAGGAUGUUUUGGGCCUUCGCCUGCAGUGCACCUCAAGAUCACUUGGGGCCAGAUGGUGUCCACCCAGACGUUCUGUUGCCAGGCAAUCAGUCCUGUUUGUGAGUGGAGCCUGUUCCUUGGAAAAACCUGGCCUGAUACACAGCUUUGCUAUUUAGUCUUAGUCCUUCAGCCUGACCACUCCUCAGACUGCCAUGCCUGCUGUGUGGGGAGUGGAAGGACUUGAGAAAGUCCUUGUGCUGGGAUCUGAUCAGGGAAGGAAUGACCUUCAAGAUGACCUUGGGACCUGGGCAAGCAGGAGGAGAUUUCAUGACAAAACCACCAGCCACUAAGUAAGUAAGUGCAGGGUGGCUCUGGUCCUGAUAGCUCCUAAUGGAGCUAUCAGCCACAUGGGCAGACAGGCCAAAUCAAACCACAGUUGUCUUGAACACACCUAUAGAAAGGCCCAUGUAUUUCUCAUUAUCUCCAGUUGCUCCUCUCUAAAGGCAGUUCAAUUAUGUGGCCUGAGAAGCUGACCAGCUUACUAUGGUAACCUGUUCAGAAAACAAUAAAAACUAAAUCCAAAUGCAAUAGUGCUGUAAACAGUGAGGAGACAGUGAGCACAAUAGUCCAAGAUUCUUCCCACACAGAGUUCAUUUAUGGUUCGUUCAAAUGUGUUGAACGCAGUUCAGUUUAUUCCGUUGAGUAAAGUGGAAGGCAAGUCUGUCCAAAGCCACAUGACCAAAUUCACUUGUCAGUACAUUUAUUCAGCGCUUAGGAACUCAACAGGAAGACAGUUAUGCGGAGUCUUCACCAACAUUUGGUGUUGUCUGUAUUUUAGCCACUCUAAUGGCUGUAUGGAAAUACUUCAUCAAUAUUUUAAUUUGCAUUUUCCUAAUGGCUGUUGGUGAAUAUCAUUUCAGAUUCUUGUUUACCACCUGAAUAUCUUUUAUUGGCAACCGAUCUGUUUAAGUUCAUUUUGAAAUGGGGUUUUUUACUGUGGAGUUUAUGAUACUUGUAGGAAUACGGUCUUUGUCAGAUGCACUGUCUGCAGUUUAAACUGUAGUCUAUCUUUUUGUUCUAACACUUUUAUAGAGCACAAUUUCUGAUUUGGUGAGGUCUGUGUUAACUUUAUGGGUUGUGACUUUUUGAGGUCCUGUCUAAGAAAUCCAAAGAUUUCCUUCUGUGUUUCCUAAAAUAUUCCAUGAUGAACACAAUGCAUGAGGAUUUAUGAUCAUCUCCAGUCAACUUUUUAAACUAUGGGGUGUCUGCCCCCUGUUUUUACUUGAGAACAUGCAGAUGGAUGUCUAAUUGUAGCACUGUUCAUUGAAGAGACUCAUUUUCCACUGAGUUUCCUUUGCAUCUCCGUUGGGGAAGCAUGUUGGCACUGGCCCAUGUACAGACUCGCUCCGACUCCAUGAGGACCAGAACUUGCAGGAAGUCUUAAUCCAGUGCUUUAAUUCUUCCAGCUUUGUAUUUCCUUUUCUGAGUUUACUGAGUUUGUUUUGACUUGUAUUACUUUUACCUUUUCAUGUAAAUUUUAGAAUCAGCUUAUAUGUAUAAAACUUCACAGUUUUGACUAGAAUUUGAUUGACUACAUAGAUAGUUGAAGGGGAGCUUGGCACACUUAAAAUACUUUUUCAGUCUGAACAGCUUGUCUUUACAUCCUUGGUUUCUGUCAUUAGCAUUUUGUGGUCUUGGCAUACAUCCUGUACAUUUUCUGUUAAAUAUUUUUGUGGCUUUACUGUAAAUGGUAUUAUUUUUCUGAUUUUGGUUUAUAUACUUGUUCAUUGUUGGUAUAUAGAAAUACAAUUGGCUCUUGCAUGUU